UCAAGUUUGUUCCUUCGCGGUUUCCGUAGUGUGAGUUUCUAUGCGGCGUCCCAUGCGUUUGUUUACAGGAAUGCAAACAACCAGUAAUUGUCUUUCUUCUGUCUGCUGACAGCUGCUUAGUACCCAACUACCUUCUUCACUUCUUCACCCAUCACCUCUUCAAGAAUAGAAGAGAUGGCAGACCAUGCCCCCUCUGUUGCAAUGGAGGCUGUCCUUAAGCCCAGCUGCAGCCUGCCAGAGGACAUGCCGAAGAUCAAAGGCUACGACUUUAACCAAGGGGUUGAUCACCAGGCGGUGCUCAAGUCCUACCUUACCACGGGUUUCCAGGCCAGCAGUUUCGGCUUGGCCGUCCAGGAGAUCAACACCAUGAUAGAGAAGCGUCUCGAGCCAGUGGAGGCAGAUGAAGGAAAUGAGGCCAGUGAAUCCUCCCACGGCUCGGGCUGCACCAUCUUCCUGGGGUACACCUCCAACCUCAUCAGUUCUGGAGUCAGGGAGAGCAUCCGCUACCUGGCAGAGCACAAAAUGGUGGAUGUGAUUGUAACUACAGCUGGAGGCGUAGAGGAGGAUUUGAUCAAGUGUCUGGCUCACACGUACUUGGGAGACUUCUCCUUGCCUGGCAAGGAGCUCCGCCAGAGGGGCAUCAACAGGAUAGGGAACCUGUUAGUGCCCAAUGAUAACUACUGUAAGUUUGAAGACUGGCUGAUGCCCAUCCUGGACCAGAUGUUGUUGGAGCAGAACACAGAGGGCACACGCUGGACUCCUUCCAAAAUGAUCCAUCGGCUUGGCAAGGAGAUCAAUAAUACUGACUCUGUCUAUUACUGGGCGUAUAAGAAUGACAUUCCAGUGUUUAGUCCCGCGCUGACAGACGGCUCUCUGGGCGACAUGAUAUACUUUCACUCUUAUAAGAACCCCGGCCUGAUAUUGGACAUAGUGGAAGAUAUUCGCAGGUUGAACAGCAAGGCGGUGUUUGCCAAAAGAACAGGAAUGAUCAUCUUGGGAGGAGGGCUGGUCAAACAUCAUAUAGCCAAUGCUAAUCUUAUGAGGAAUGGAGCCGAUUACGCAGUGUUUGUGAACACGGGUCAGGAGUUUGACGGCUCAGACUCUGGGGCCAGACCUGAUGAGGCCGUGUCCUGGGGCAAGAUCAGAACAGAUGCCAAACCCGUCAAGCUGUACGCAGAUGCCUCUUUAGUCUUCCCUCUGAUAGUGGCCGAGACCUUCGCUCUCCAUGCUGACAAGAUGACUGCGAGCAAGAAAAAAGAUUAAACGGUUGCCUCCUUUAAUGCUCUGUUAGAAACACCAACCAGCUUUGAUCCUCUGAUUCUUCUCCUGUUUGUCUAAUUGAAAAUAAGAGUUUUAGCUUCUGAACCUUUCUGGAAAAAAACCCCCACAUGUUUAAGGUCAGGCAACUAAGGUAACAUCACAAUGUUCUCAUACAUACAACGCUGCAAUCGAAUAACUCACUGAAUGGGAGUCAGUGGGAGGGUUUCCUGUCUUAAUGCUUUCCAUACCAAUAUUUACUUGUUAAAACAAGUACUGUUUUUUUCUCUCUUAUUCAGAUAGCUGAAAUAACAUGGUUGCAUGCUAUAGCACGUACCAAAGAGACGGUGUAGAACGCGUCAGAUUUUAGCAUGUGUGUGAGAGAGAGAGAGAGAGAGAGAGAGAGAGAGAAAGAGAGAAAGAGAGAGAGAGAAAGAGAAAGGAUAAAUACACACUCAGGCAGUUUUAUUUAAAAAGAAAGUUUGAAUUUAUUUCAGUUUAGUUGUGGCAUGAUACAGUCACUUUAAUAUUAUUUAUGUGAAGAAUCCUUUUUAUGUUAUUAAACUUACUGUCAGGGGGGAAGAUGUCUUUGUUUAGUUUAAUAAAUCAUAAACUGAUCAUUUUUCCUUUUAUUCAAUGAGCGUUUAGUGGACAAUUGGUGUUUGUGCAGUACAUCUAUGUCAGAAGUCCACAGGGGGGUCCUGAAUGUGAUCUUUUUGUCUGAAGUGAUGAAAAAUAAUAUUUAGAAUAUUAAAUACAAUUUGAAAAACCUCAGUUGCAUCUGAAAUAUAUCUAGAAACAAAAAAGUGGACUACACGUGGCCACAGAAAGUGUCUUGCUAUUGAAGGCAUAACCAAUUUUCCUAAUAGACCACUGAGAGAUACAUUUAUCUAUAAACGUAUAUUUUUUUUUGGGUUGUAAAAAAAAAACUCAGAUGUCUUUCUGUAAACUCGGAUUCAGCUUCCAUCCUCUUGAAAUGUCUGUUUUUAAUAAACAAAAAGACAAAACGUGCUACGCACAGUGCGGUGUGAUUCUGCGGCCAGAGUUUGUCAUUGAAACGUUUUAUGAGUCUGUCUGAGAUUGUCUGGAGAGCACCUCCAGUCACCUUCAUGCCGUUUGUGAGAUCCUCCCUUCAAAGCAUGUACUCCAGCUUCUCGUAAGAGCAACUCUCAACUGAUGCAUGUGUGUAUUGUUACUGCUUGCUCAUACACAGACAAGCAGUUAUAGGUGGGACUCUCAGCUCCUUCCCCUUCUGUUGUCAGCAGAAUCAACCACAUAAUCUCGUAACAAUGAUAAAGACAUUUCCCAUCACAAUGCAUCAGUCUGCUGUUGUGGGAAAGGAUAUUUCCUGUGGUUAAUCUCUGUUCCCAUAUCCUUAAGCUUUAGCCAGUGUUAUAUUCACAACCUGGUUAUAUUUGCAGCUUUUAGAAUGGAAAUCUGUGUGUUUAGUAAAUUAACUGAACCCUUUGUGGGUUGAGUUGUUUAAAGUUUCUUUUGUAGUGGGAAUAUUGACCUUUUCAUUUUUGGAAACAGAGAUGGAGAAGUGGAAUUGGAACUGGGAUAAGGUCAACUUUCCCUAAACCUCAGCCCUGUGUGUCACACACACACACACACACACACACUCACACUCACACUCACGAGUUGGGCGUUCCUGUCUUGGUACAAACUGCUUUUCCAUUCAGUCCUUCUAUCAUUUCCUAUUGGCGGUGGCACAGUGUGUGUUUACCCAGGGCUUGACAAUUAAAUUUUUUUUUUUUUUUCAAAGGCAGCGGUGUAUGAAUUUUCAGCCUAUAGAAACUCAUGUUUGUUCUGUGCUUAAUAGAAAGAUUACAGGGAGACGGAGAGGGCUGAAAAGAGUGAGAUAGAGACUCUGUGCAUGUGUGUGUGGAUGAGCUGUAGUCACGCUAUGAUAAUAUUGUGUGGCGUCUGCACAGAGCAGACAGUGUUUGCCCCCUCCUUCUCUGCGGAACAAUCAGUACACUGUGUGAUGUGCAGGGCCACAGCAGUAAUAAUGGCAAUUAUGUCUUCUCCAGGGGCAGAUUGGCAGCUUUUUUAUGGUGAGAAGCAAAGAGCCAGACACGAAGAGAGAAAGAAGGAAAACACAGGAGGGAGAAGGGGGGGGGGCUGACCUGCUGCACAGCUGCAGGGUGGGGCGAAUCUGUGAGAAGUGGGGGGAGAGAGAGAGAGAGGGAAAAGAAAGGAAAUACACCGAGGAUAGAUUUGUGCACAUUUGCAUAUUUAUAUCACUUUCUGAUUAGGUUUGUGUAUGACUGUGAGAUUGGGUGAGUGCUCCGUCCGGUUGCAUUGGCCCAGCUCCUUAUCUCCACCUCUGUUUACCUGUUAUGUUGCCAUAGGAACUCCCAUCCUGGGAAGCCUAUUGGCCAACCCGAAGAGGUUGAGGCAGGUGAGGGAGUGCAGGUGCGUGGGAGGAAGGAAGAAAGAAAUUUUUUAGAGUGAGGGACGAGACAGACAGAUAAACAUUCAGAUACAGAAGGAAAACAAUAAAGUAAUAAAUGUAUGAAAGGCGGAUGAAGAUGAUUGGAAGCAGGACAAGCUGAGUAAGACGGUGUUAGAGAGACCUCAUGCUGCUUUCUCAGAAACAGGAAGUUGUCAGUUGAACCGCUGUCUCCUCUCCUGACGCAGCUGAUGACGACCAUGUGUCACUGUUGCUAUAGUAACCACGUAGCAAGGACAAACAUCCGGAUGACAACUUACUGUUGUGACACCAUUUAAAAAAACAAAAAAACCUAAUUUGUUAUAAAAAUAAUAGUGAGAGGAUGUGGUGACAAGUUCCCCUUUUGCCUUUCGGAAGUCCAGGUACCGAUGCAUAAGAAAUGUAUCUCUUGUGACUUUUCUCUAAAGGAAAUGCAUUCGGAUGUCACUGAUCUAAGAUUAUUCAGUACUGUAAGAGUAACUGUACCAUUAUGUCUUCACAUUUCCUCCAUAUUUCAAGGAAUGAAAAAAGCACGGCUAAGAAAGAGAAUUGAAAGCCGCAUGAUCAUUACUAUGAUGUAAUCCAACUUCAAGUCACUGUGAGAUAUAAAUUUACAAUAUCAAAAAUUACGCAGGAGUGAAAAAAUAGAAACACUUGGUUUCGCUUUCCUCAUUUGACCUUUUAAUAUGUAAUUGAAGCAUCACUUGUGUAAAUGUGAAUUUAUAUUUUGCAAGUUCUUUCUCUUAUUUGAAUCUAAGAUGUUUUCUGUUUUGACUUUUCUCCUGUUUCUGGUCUGCGCUUCUUUUCUUGAUAAUGUGAACAUGUGAUAGGCCUUCCACUGUCCUCUAGUUGAUUACCUUGAUUUGUAACACAUCUUCUUGUUAGUAUAAAUGCCGGUCAAGUGACUGUUGUUCCUAUCCUGAUGAAGGUUUGCUGAUCUUUAUAAGUGGAAAAAUAAAUGCAUCUGAAUUA